CCGUUCCCCAGACCGGACGAUUGCCGAAACCGCAUUGCAAUGUGCUCAUGGCACAACUGCGAGAUUACUUGCACACUGCAGUACCAGCUCCGUUGAUGGACGCCGGAGUAGAGGUUGUCGACCUUCACGCUUACAUUGCGAAGAUCGACCGCGAGUUCAAGAGGCAACAGUACGACGACAUCGACGCACCAUUGCUAUAUGUACGCAUUCAGAUCGGAGAGGCGACCUGCAACGCCUUGAUCGAAUGCGGAGCAUCUCGCAACGACAUCAGCCAGGACUUCACGGUGCGCGCCGGCCUUGGCCCACGUGUCCGGAGGAAGUCCCAGCCUACGCAAGUCACUUUGGCAGACGAUCAUACGCACAAGUCCAUCGACCGGUGCAUUGACGCCGUCGCAGUGUACUUUGCCCCUCACGCAAGUGAGGCGGUGUCCUUUGAUAUCCUGGACACCAAAUUUGACAUGAUCUUGGGCAUGUCAUGGCUGCGAAGCGAGGAUCACCCGGUGAACUUCUUCCACCGCACCGUUCACAUUCGYGAUYGGAACGGAGUAUUAGUUCCAUGCACGGUACCUCUUCCUCAUCCUUCGAUCAGCUGCCGCGUGGUAUCCGCCGCAAGCAUGCGAGCAUCCAUCAUCAAAGACGACAUCGAGGAGAUGGGGGGGUGUUUUCUCCACGCCCUCCCGCCCCAAGACGCGUCAUCGACGGACUCAUCUUCGGAUCCAUGCAUCACCGAACUUCUCGACGCCUACAGCGACGUGUUCGAAAGCCCGCACGGACCAGUACCGGAUCGGCCCAUCCGCCACAAGAUCAUCCUCGAGGACGGGGUCGUACCUCCGCGCAGUUGCAUCUACCGAAUGAGCGAGGAAGAGUUAAGUGUGCUCCGUGCACAACUCGACGAUCUUUUAGAGAAAGGUUGGAUUCGGCCUAGCUCAUCGCCAUACGGUGCUCCUGUCCUCUUCGUCUGGAAGAAGAACAAGGACCUGCGGUUGUGCAUCGAUUAUCACAAGCUCAACCCGCAGACGAUUAGGAACGUCGACCCUCUCCCACGCAUCGACGAUCUUCUCGAGCGACUGGGCGGCGCCAAGUUCUUCUCCGAGCUGGAUCUCAAGUCAGGGUACCACCAACUCGAGAAUCGCAAGGAGGAUCGCUACAAGACCGCGUUUAAGACGCGAUAUGGGCAUUUCGAAUGGCUGGUCAUGCCAUUUGGCCUUACGAAUGCCCCGGUCACUUUCCAAGCGGCUAUGACAACAGAGUUCCAACACAUGCUGGAUCGAUACGUACUUAUCUACCUCGACGACAUCCUGGUAUACAGCCGGAGUUUGGAGGAGCAUGUGGAACACCUGCGCACUGUUUUGGAGCGACUACGACAAACCAAGUACAAAGCCAACCGCGACAAGUGCGAAUUCGCGUGGCAGGAGCUAGAGUACUUGGGACACUAUGUGACGCCGAAAGGCAUCCGUCCGCUUGCGGACAAGAUCGAGGCCCUGCGAGUAUGGCCCGAGCCCACCAACACCACGGACGUUCGUUCAUUCAUGGGAUUGGCGGGCUACUAUCAGUGAUUCAUCACCGGAUACUCAAGGAUUGCUGCUCCUAUGACGAGGUUACAGUCGCC